AUGGACGAAGCACCACCACCAAAGCGCGCCAAGAUCGUCUCCGAAGAUAUUGCUAAGCCAAUUGACAACUCAAUCGGAAACACCAUGUCUGGGUUUAAGCGCGACAGGCACGGAAACGAGAAGAGGUUCAAUAAUGGACCCCGACCGGCACCCAAGCCAAAGGUGGCCGUCGUAAGAAAUGCGUACACGCCCAUGUUCGAACAACUACGCAAUGAGCUCGACGCCCACCAUGAUCGUCGCGACCGCCUCGGGAAGGUUUCGAGGGAUGUUACCGGACUCAGCAAGAAAAUAGUCCGCACAAUCAACCCCGAUCUUCCUCCCCAGAUUCAAGCCGAAGUGGACUCCCGCCUCGCCGAAAUCUCCAAGCUCCUGGCCACCAUGGCCCCAGACGUUCAAGGCAUCAACCGUUAUCGCUACUCUCGCUCUCUUAUGUGUCUCGAGGAGCUUGCCGAGGCACUUACCUUUGCUCACUACCUCAAGACCCAAACUCUCCUCAAGCCUGAUGAGCUUUCGGCCUUUGUGGAGGAACUUACCCGGAAGGGCGCUGCUGUGUCGGAAGAGAAGGACGAGGACAAGGACGAGCCUAUGCCAGACGCUGGCAACACCCCGGUACCUGCCUCCGGCGAGCAGGAGACCACCUCCGACGACCCCAAGCCAACAGAGAAGGAAGAACAACCAAAGCCAGAACCCCUGAUCAUGUCAACAACAGAGGACGACUACUUUUACGGUGUCUUCGACCUCUCCGGCGAAAUGAUGCGCUUCGCGACCACCAGCACAGCCCUGACCGGGAAGAUGGCGGGCGCCGAAGACGAGCGGACCAUUGUCGAGGAUAUGCAUGAACUCGGUAGCUUCUUUGAGAUGCUGCCCGGGAAGGCCGGUGAUCGGAAACAGUGGGAGAAGAAGCUCGAUGUUAUGCGGCAGUCGGUGAGGAAGGUCGAGAGGCUCGGGUACGAUCGGAAGAUUCGUGGCAGCGAGCGACCGCAGGGCUGGGUUCCGGAUCUAACGGCGGAUCAGCCCGGUGAGGAUGAGGAGUUAUGA